GGUGUCGUGUCACCUUCGCUCCGAGACGACGCGGAACGCGCAUUUCUAGCUAACGACGUUCGCUUUUCCUUGCACGAUGCACGACAAAAAAGGGCGCCGCAAAAGUACUAUGCCUUUUACGCAACGCAGUAAAGUGACUGCCCGUCACAAGAAGCAUAUGCAGAAGUCUGAAAUCAGAUCACUCAGUAUGGAGCCCACGAAAGGAACCUUAUUCAAGGAGACACUGCACGAAACUCAGCUACCAGGACCACCUACUUCCCCUGGACUAUCCCCUCACACGGCGACCCCAUCCUCUCCCAAAACGACAGCGCCCCAUAAGGGUGUCGUGGGUGCUUUAGUAGCGUUACUCUUCGCUGCCCUCAUAAUCGGCUCUGUCUUUCUCGUGAAGGCUUUAGUCCUCGGGAAACAUGAUGACACUGUCAUAGAGCCUCGCUAUGUCUCGCCCGUUGAAAUGGGCAGCUUCAAGAAUUGGAUUGCUGUGACCGGGGCUAAGCUGUGUGACCACGUUCCUAAGAAAAUAUUUGCCAAGAACGGAACGGUUGGGGACGCUGCCGUUGCCACGAUGCUUUGCAUUUGCGUCGUGAUGCCCCAUCGGUGUGGACUCGGGGGAGGAUUUUUCGCCACCUACUACAACAGGAGGCAAAGGACAGCGCACGCCAUCAGCUGUCGCGGUCAAGCUCCCAAAGAAUCCAGAAGGGAUAUGUUCAGCGGCAAGAAGGAUGAAUUACUGUCUCUGUACGGCGGAAAAGCUGUCGCUGUGUUCGGAGUGUUACGUGGGUUUGGUAUGAUUCUGAACACAACGGGGCACAACCUCCCAUGGAAGGACCUCUUUCAAGACGCCAUCAAGUAUGCCAGGGAAGGUUUCCCAGUAUACGAUGAAAUCCACAAUUACAUCGAAGGUCUUAAGGUGCAAAUCAACCAGAACACCAUUCUCAAGAAAGCCCUGUUCAAGAAAAACUGUCCCUCAUCACUUGUCGCCUGUCCCCUCGCUAUUGGUGACAUCAUGAAGAACAAAGUGCUUGCAGAUACUCUAACGAACAUAUCGCUGCUGAACUCGGAGGCCCUGAACUCUCCUCCAUAUUCGAAAAUACUGGCCGAAGACAUACGGAAGGAAGCCGGCAUCAUCACAGCAAGCGACCUAGAGAACUUCCAGCCGAUACUAGAUCCUCCCCUCAUCGUUAAGCUCGCUGGAGGCUUUCGGCUGUAUACCCUCCCUCUCCCAUCUGGAGGUACCAUAACCAGCUACAUAACCAAUAUCAUCAAUCAGUUUGUCGUGGAUGGACAGCUACCGGAUGACGAACGCACCGCGCACAUCUUCAUUGAGGCCUUCAAGUUCGGCUUCGCGACGAGGGAGCAUCUGGGAGACCCAAGGUCAUCGGACUUUGAGGGCGAGAAACGCAGGCGUCUUUUCGAGCUGAUGCAGACACUGACGAGCAACACCUACGCCGCGAGAAUCAAAGCCAAGAUAAAGGAACAGACUGUCGCCGAUACUGGUUAUUACGGCCUCAACUUCACUGGCAAAGAUGGCCACGGUUCCGGACAACUUGUCAUCGUUGCUCCCAAUGGCGACGCAAUCUCGAUGGUUGCCAGCAUCAACACCGAAUUCGGGGCCUUGGUUUUGUCACGGAGAACCGGGAUAUGGAUGAACAACGUGAUGGACGACUUCUCGCAGGCCGCCCAGAGCGAUAUCUACGACUUUGUGCCCACUUCAGGGAACUACAUCCUGGAAGGAAAGCGUCCUUUGUCCUCACUGGCGCCAUCCAUUGUGGUCGAUUCCAGCGGCGAUUUCGUUAUCGGGAUUACGAGUACCGGAUCGGGGACAAUUAUUACGGGCAUAGUUCAGGUUCUCGCACGAAUAUUAUGGAUGCGGAAUACAGUUAAAGAAGCCAUCGACUGCUUUCGCAUUCACACCCAGUUGAAGCCUGAUAUUGUGAAGUACGAGAAUACCACGGACAAGAGUGUCGUAUCGGGGCUUCAGCGACGGAAACACAACGUCACGUUGUACAAAUGGGACGGCAACGUUAUAGCUGUAGUCAGGGACCGACAACUCAAAGUCUACAAUGGAUCCAGCGACUAUAGAACGGCACAAACUGGAGGUGUCACUGGCGGAUAGAAUAUCUGUACCAACAAUAUGUUCAGCAAAACAGUUAUCUCGCUGCGUAACUUUGCACAAAUAUACGUUUGUUUUCUGCA